GUAAUCAAUAUUUGAAAAUAGCAGCAACAUCAGAGAUGUGAAAAAUGACAGCAGCAUGUUAUUUAACUGACUAAGAUAGAAAACUUGCAAAAAUCAGCAUGAAUCUACCAAUUGAUUGAGGCUGUUUGGAUUCAUGGUUAUAAAGUCUUAGAUCUGCUGGGAGGAAAGAAAUGUGAACGCUUCAAGGUUCAUUUACAGUAGGGUGCGGCAGUCUGUCACUAAAAGAGCUCUCCAGUUCUGCAACUGCUUCAUGCAUGGGGUGGGAAACAUUAUCCAACAGAGAUGUUAAUUUAGUUACGAUCCUUUUGUUUCCCACCUCUUGCACUGAGCCCAGGGGGCAUUCGAUGGAUGUUUUAUAAGUUUUAUAGCUGCUGUCUUUCUGUUGAAGAUGACUUAAAGGACCUUCAGGUACAGCAUCAUAUUUGCAUUUUUAGUGUUUGUCAAUUGUUACCGACUUUGAAAACCACUCGAGUCAUUUAGUCUCUUGGAUUGAGUCUAAUUACUGCAGGUAGUCCCACCUGACCGAAAUGAUAGAGGCUAAUAUACUAAAGAUCACACACUAGCAUUAGAAACAUUAAUGACAUGUCCUUAAAUUCCUAAAAGUGCUAAGAUUUAAUAUAGUGUCUGUGCGUAGAGCAAAUAUUGUUAUAAGGAACUCCAAUAACUGUUCACAUGAGCCAUUAGAAAACCCCUAUAAAAUUUAUUUUAUUUAGAGCCAUUUUUAGAAUAAUUUAGGUCAGCCUUUUAUGUUCAACAAUAAUUGAAUCUCCAGAAAUCCUCUGUAUGUUGGCAGAUUUUUUAAAAAUAGCCUUUUUCAACUUACACCAGCUGUGGUUGUCUGUUUAUAAAGCCUGACUUUUUGAUAUUUAGUUUUUCCUGAAGCCGUUAUUGUUUAGGAAUACAACCAGAAAAAAAACUUUAUGUGACAUUGUCAUCAGCAUUUCAGCAAAAGGUUUUGCUCUGAGUCACCAUCACAUAAACUAGUAACAGCCCACAGUGACAUGUUGCUCAAACUAACAUUUCAUUUUUGACAUUUUAGCUCAGGGUGUUCCAACGUCUUCAAAAAAAAGCUUUAAGAAAGACAAGGAAUGGGGUGCUUUGUUGGCGCAGUGGUUAGCGCACACGACCCAUAUAUGGAGGCCUUAGUCCUUGACACGGCCACUAGUGCUGUCAAAAAAAAAAAAUAGAAAAGAAAAACAAGGAAAAGUUGUUUAUCUGGCUCUUAGAGCUAUACCGUUUAAACACCUGCAGAUGUAAUUGCAUAAUCGCUUCAAGUAAAGUUAAUGCUUUCUAGGCGGUAAUUGGUAGAUAUUUUAAUAUUUUUGUUUACUUUAUGAUUUGAAUCUACUUUCUUACUGCCCUAUCAUAUAUGUGAAAUCUACCAGGAAACAACAUCAAAAGCAACAACAUCUUUAACAUAAAGGACAUAGUGAUUAAUGAGUUCUUUAAAUAAGGCAACAACCUUUGCCUCUUUCUGUCUUUGCAGCCUUAGCCAAGGUUUUCAUUUAAAGAAAAAGAGAAAACGAACACAGUUUCAUUCACACAGUUGCAUUAAUAUAUGGUUUUCUUCCUGUAUACAGAGUUCAACAAAAACAAUCGACAAUGUAGGAUCAUUCAGAGGAUAAGGAGCAUUUUAAAACUUUUGCUGUUCUUUCCAAUUGCAUGGUGCAUCAUGUUCUACACAGCUCCAUCUGUCCGAUUUUUGAUAGGACUCAUACCGAUGGACGAGUGUCCUUUGGAAAAUGUAAAGAUGCUGGCCCUGGGUAAUAGUGCUGACACAGACCUUAAUCUUUGGUCUCGAAGUGACGUGCAGACAUGCACAACCUGGAAUGCUCCCAUCAUCUGGGAGGGAAUGUUUAACCCCAGUCAUUACGAUCAGAUACACAGAAGCCGCGGGUCGUCUGUCGCCUUAACUGUGUUUGCAGUUGGCAGGUACCUGGAUGCCUACCUUGAGGCUUUCCUUAAAUCAUCAGAGCGUCAUUUCAUGCUGAGUUUGCCUGUGAUUUACUAUGUGUUUACGGACACACCAGAGAAAGUACCAAACAUCAAGCUCGCCCCUAAUCGGAAGAUGAAAGUAAUCAGAGUAGAAAAACACACAAGGUGGCAGGACAUCUCCAUGUUGAGGAUGAAGUCCAUAUCAGACAUUAUAGAGUCGGACAUCCGGCACCACUCCACGCAUGUCUUCUGCUUUGAUGUCGAUCAGGUUUUCACAGGAAGAUUUGGCCCAGAAGCUUUGGGAGAUACUGUGGCUCUGCUUCAUGCCUACUACUAUCACCUCCCAAAGAGGUUGUUCACCUAUGACAGCAACCCAAAAUCCAAGGCAUUCAUGAAAACUGGAGAUUUUUAUUACCACGCUGCUGUGUUUGGAGGCUCCUGGAAGAACGUCAAGGCCCUUACAGAGGCUUGCUAUAAAAGCAUCAUGGAGGAUAAGGAGAACAAUGUGGAGGCGUUGUGGCAUGAUGAGAGCCAUUUAAACAAGUACUUUUGGCUUCACAAGCCCAGCAGGAUUCUUUCUCCAGAGUACUGCUGGGACACCAACAUUGGUUACAGGGCUGACAUACGUGUGCAGCGGCUGUUGUGGGCACCCAAAAAUUAUGAUGAGCUGAGGACAUUAUAAAUUGAAGCAUUUGAGCUUUUUUUAGCUUCUAAAUGGACAAAAUGUUACUUAAAAGCCUAACGUCACCUGCUGUGGAAUAAAGGGGACUCUUUAUUGAUAAUGAAAUACCAUCAAAUAUAUAUUUCAUCUCAGGUAAACCUCCUCUAUUAUUUGGAUUAAUGCAACAAAGAGUGAUCGAUUUCAAGUGUUAAUUUUCAGUUCAGCGAUUAUGCUUGUAGGCAUUGGUGGGUAAAUCUGUUUGAAGUAAAUAGCAACCCUGCAUAGUUUUCCUUCACCCACUUCACUUAACCAGGGGGUUUUCAACAUUGGUCCCUGCCAUUGCUGUGAGAGGCACAUGGUUUGAACCGAGUACAGGUUUCGUAAUUACUGAUCCUGGAGUACCCACCUCUGCUUGCAGCUAAUGAAAACCCAAAUGCGUUUCUCUGAAUUUCAAUAUUGACUAGUAAAAAUGACUUUUGAUGCACGAUUGUUAGCUUACUGGACUGAUUCAUCAGCAAAGCAUGUUAUUACCGUAAAUCACAUUUCUCUAGAAUGUUUUUUAUGUUUUAAAGCCAUUCCCAGUUCUCACAUCUCCUGAAUGCAACAGUUGGGAACCUUGGAGAGUCCCUGGUUCCAUCCAAAAUGGGCGAAUCAGUAAGGACACUUAAGCCAAAGUACAAGUGUGUCAGCAUACACUGUGAUAAGUGCUGUCCAAAUAGUGCCGGCAGUAAGGAAGGAAGAGAAAGCAGAAUGCCAUCUAUUGAUAGUUAAUUUAGCAUAGGGACCUCCCAAUGUUCCCAACCGACAUAUAGGAUCUAUAGUCGGCAACAAACCUUUGCAUGACAGGACAUAUAGGCACAGCUCAUCUCAUAGAGUUAAACAAAAAAAUACUUUUUAAAUUUUAUGUGUACCCUGUGUACCCUAUGCGAAUGUACACCUCCAUACACUGCAAAAAAAAUGUAAAUCUAAAUAAGUCAUUUUUGCUCAAAUUAAGUGCAUUUUUUCUUGAAUUGAGGAGGGAAGUGAGACACUUUGCCAAUGGAACAAGACAAUUUACAUAU